UACUCCACCCCUCAAAAUGGCCGAAAGGCAGAACCCCUUUUCUCCUUCAAACUCUUCCGCUCCUCCUCUUAUUCCAACUCCUACUUCUCUCCCCAGCACUGAUCCUGCUCUAAGAGCUGGAUUUUUAGCCCAGGCUCCUCAAGAACAGCCAAUGUACGCUACCAUUGCUCCAAAGUCCCAGAGAAAAGACCACACCUCUCACCCACCCAGCCUACCUCCGCCCACAAUGAGUCUUUCCCCUUCUUCGUCUGUUGGACCUUCAGAUGGAGGUAGUAACCCCUCUACUCUUGCCUUGCGUGUAAAGUAUCUCGAGGGGAUGGUCUCCAGACUGACAUCAGAGAAGAAAGGAAUGGAGGAAGAGUUCGGUAGACAGAGAAAGCGAUUCAUGGAACAGAUGAUCAGCUCUGAAGGUGAAAUGAAAAAGUUUAACGAGAUCUUAAAGAAGAACAAGCAGCAGAUUGAGACUCUCAAUGUGAGUUUACUUCAAAAAGACGAAGAAAUGAGCUCAAUGGCUAAGACGAUGAAUGCGUCGCUAAGAGAAACUUUUGAUAGCGACAGAGUAAAGUAUGAAGAAGAAAUAUCUAUACUUAAACUCAAGCUACAAGAAACAUCUCAUGAACAUCAAGUGCAGGUACAGAAACUAAAGGCUGAGCUCUCCCGAGAGAAAAAGCGGACAGCAGCUCUAACUGACUCUAAGUCUGACUCUAAUCUCCUUGAUGUUCAGUCUCCUGUCAAGCCUUCAAGUGGUCGGAAGUCGCCACAAAGAACCUCACAGACCAUCCCAGUACCAGCAGCUCCAAAUCAACCUCAAUCAUCAUCAUCAUCAGCGGCUCUUAAUUUCUCAUCCGAAGGUAGUCUGGAAUCAAGUAUGAUACAAGCUGCUCAUGAUGCUAAAUUGUUAAAGUCAGUCGUAGUUCCACUGGAGGCCGAGAUUGAAAUGUUAAGAAUGCAAUUAAAAGAUUCACAAGACAGGCUUAAAGUAUAUGAAGGCAAAGCAAGUGGAUCAUUUUUAACAGCUUCUCCCGAGCCGUUGUCCGCCAGUGUCUCUGAGCUACUGGUCACACCGACUGCAACAGGACCGGAUAGAAGUGUCUCACCUCUUGAAACAGGAGGAGGAGGAGAAGGAAGAGGGGUAGGGUCUUUGAGUAGAGGAUCUUCACAGGAUGUUUCAGAAGUUGGACUUCUUGAGAAGUUACUAAAUCAGGAGAGAACAGCAAGAUAUGACCUUGAGAUGCAUAUUGAGAGUCUUCGGAGACAAAAGACGUCAGUGAUGGACCUAAACACUGAACUAAAAGAAGAUCUAGCAACAGCCAGGAAAAGUCUUGAGGAAGAAAAGGAGAAAUAUGCCAAAUUGGAGGCUGUUUGGACCAAAGCAAACCUCUCCUUCAUUUCAACUCAAGAUCAACUGAAACAGAAACUGAAAGAUGUUAAAGUAUCAGAUGAGAGGAAUUUAAAGGCAGCACUGGAACCAGUGGGUGCUUACUCCCCUCGCCCUUCAUCCCCAACACAAGAGACUCAUACCCAUACCACUGAUGACAGAAUGAGUAUGAGACCUGGAGGAAGAGGGCGGGGACGUAAGAGGACGGUCUCUUGGAGCGUGGGUGAUGACCAUACUGAGGAGAAAGAAGAUUUGACCGUUUGGAAGGCUAUCACUGAACAGCUCCAGCGACUAUUAUCUCAGCAGCAUCACGACCUCCAGAGCAAGGAAGCAGCUGUCACUGCGUAUGAGAAACAGCUGGAGAGAACACAAGGACAGCUGAUGUCAGACAUUGACGAAAAAGACAAUCAAAUAUUUAUUUUAAGACACGAAAUACAGAAGAUUCAAGCUACACUGCUAAGGGAGAGAUAUGCUGCUGAGAAUAUGAAGAGAAAAUUAGCAACUGCCAAGGAGUCAAUGAAAAACCAGGUUACUGAAUUACAUAGCUCUGAGGCUAAGGUUCAACAAAAGCACAAAGUGUUUAAAGAGAAGUUCACAGAGACAAGGCACGAUAUUCAAAAGCAACUGGCUUCAUUCACUGAGGAGAGGACUAGCCUGUACGGGAUCAUAUCACAGAGAGAGGAGGAGUAUGCUUGUUUGAAGGAUCUGCAGACGAGCGAGAAAAUAGCAUAUCAGUCAGAAUUAGAUCAAUUGAAAAAAGAGAAAGCAGAGGCAGAGCUGAACGUAGCGUCGACUAUGGAAGAGUUGACACGAUUGAGGGAGCAAAAAGUUGCUAAUGAAUCCAGACUAUCAGCCGAACUAAGUGAAUUACGUGAGGUUGUCUCUACAGCAAAACAGGAGAAAGAUAAUUUAGAAAGUCAAUUGUUAUCCUCUCUGAAUGAAAAUACCCAACUUGAGAAAGAAAGACAUUUUGCAAUAUUAAGCAACACCAACUUUCAGGAGAAAUCGAAGGAUUAUAUUGAAGAGAAUAUUUUUAGAAUAUCGGAACUGGAACAUGAAAAGGAAGAAAACGCUAAAACAAUACAUGAAUUAAAGACGCAAUUGUCUCAACUAAAGAAGCAGCUAGCAAAUAACGAAUUAGUUCAAAAAGAUUUUGUACAAUUAUCACAAUCACUUCAGACAAGACUUGUCGAGGUGGAGUCACGCCAGCAAGAGGAGGAGCUUAUUAAAUUAACGAGUCAAGACUCCACUUAAAAUAAAUGACUAUUGCAAUUGACUUUAUUAUUAUAUUAUCAUUAUUAUUAUUAUUAUUAUUAUUAUUAUUAUUAUUACUGUUAUUACUAUCAUUAUUAUUGUUAUUAAAUGCAUGCGUGUUUUUGUGUGUGACAUGUAAUCUGAUUGCUGUUUUGAUCAAAAGAAAACAUUAAAUUACUUGUA